UUUAUAUGUCUGUGUAUUGUUGUGAAUUAUUAGAUAUUACUGCAAUGUUGGGAGCUAGAAACACAAGCAUUUCGCUGCACCCGCAAUAACAUCUGAAAAACAUGUGUAUGCGACCAAUGACGAUUUGAUUUGAUUUGAUUGAUCCUGUCAGUGAACGUGAGAGGAGUUAAGUCGACAGUAAAGAGGAUUAGGAAACAGCCGUCGUCUUUGUCUUGAAAAUGAUCUUCAAAGUCAUUUUUCUUGUUGCCAAUCAUGACUGUGUUCCUCAUCUCCAGGUGUUUGAGCAGUUUGUCAAAGUGAGGAUGAAGGAAGAACACAAGGAGAAACAGAGAAAACUGCUGCAAGCAAAAGACCAGUAUAGAAAACUUCUAGAGGAGUCGAAAAUCACAUCCAGGUCAACUUUCAAAGACUUUUCUGUUAAGUAUGGCCGUGACCAGCGCUUCAAGCAAGUGCUGAAGAAGAAAGACCAAGAGCACUUCUUCAACCAAUUCAUCAAUGGGUUAAAGAAGAGAGAUAAAGAGAACCGCAUGAGGCUGAGGAAGAUGAGAUGAGGAGGUAUGAGGCUGAGGAAGAUGAGUUGAGGAGGUAUGAGGCUGAGGAAGAUGAGAUGAGGAGGUAUGAGGCUGAGGAACAUGAGAUGAGGAGGUAUGAGGCUGAGGAAGAUGAGUUGAGGAGGUAUGAGGCUGAGGAAAAUGAGAUGAGGAGGUAUGAGGCUGAGGAGGAUGAGAAGAGGAGGUAUGAGGCUGAGGAGGAUGAGAUGAGGAGGUAUGAGGCUGAGGAGGAUGAGAUGAGGAGGUAUGAGGCUGAGGAAAAUGAGAUGAGGAGGUAUGAGGCUGAGGAAGAUGAGAUGAGGAGGUAUGAGGCUGAGGAAGAUGAGAAGAGGAGGUAUGAGGCUGAGGAGGAUGAGAAGAGGAGGUAUGUGGCUGAGGAAGAUGAGAAGAGGAGGUAUGAGGCUGAGGAAGAUGAGAUGAGGAGGCAUCAGGCUGUGAAAUAGGCCUCUCAGAAUACAGAAUAGCAUGAAUGGAUAGAUAGAGCUGUCUGAUAAAUGAGACGGCAGUUUCAUGGGGAACAUAAAGAAACAGGUAUCAGGAUCCCUGUGGAAUCAGUCUAAAAGAGGAGAAAGCAGUCAGUCAUUUGCCUCCAGAUUUACAGUCAGCUGGGUCAGAGAUGGCUUGGCUCCACAUGCUAAGCAGGUAAUCCAGCUAGCUCUCAGAAAUGGAAUACUGUUUCAUAUUGAAGCUACUGUAUAUAUUGAAAUUCAACAUUUCUCAUGUUUUGAGUCACAGUGACAAACAUGAAUUGAGCAUCAUUUCUGUAUUUAUUUUGUGUUAUCACAUGACCUGUAUGGAGAUAUCAAUGUGUGUACACAAUCACACAGCCCAAUGCACAAUUCUAAAAGACAUCAUGUACAUAUACAGAAAACAAUCCUGCAAAGCAAUUGGUAUUUUCUAACUAUUUCAAACAAGGUUCUCCACAGCAUCUGUGAGAAUCAAUGGAUGGUAAUUGUGUAUUGAUGGAUUUUGUAAAUGUCCCCCCCCAAAAAAAAAUAUGUUGUGUUUAUUAUGAUGUGGGUUCUUCUUAUGAUGUAAAAGGAUAAGUUAUUGUUGCUUAUUUGUCAUUUAAACCGUCGUUAAUGUAAAAGUCAUACGUAGUGCAUUCUCUCUGUAACAGGUCGAAGACGUUAUGUGAAGAUUCUAAAGGAAGAUUCUAAAGGACUGUUCAUUUGGUUCUGAACAUUGGGAUUUUACAGAUAAUAUAGUUUACUGUACAAAACAGUGUCUUUAAAAUGUGUGUUAUAUGUUGUUUUUCUCAUUUAUUUAUUUGAAUUUAAACAUGCAAUGUUUGUGGGAUUGUGAGUUGGAUUAAUUAAAACCUUCUAAAAUGAACCUUUUCGGUCAGCUGGGUUCUUCUCAAAUGAUACAAUAGCUUUCAUAAUUAGAUGGAGAACAAGACCUUUUGGGGUCCUCCCAUAGCAUCUUCAUAACCACAAUAUGCAUGGAUGAGCACAGUAGAAUGGAGUUUGAAGAUUGACAAUGCAUAUCACAUAUAAUCUAAGGAUGGACCCUAGAAGUGUAUCUCUAGCUCUGUUUAUACCUGGUGCCAACAUGUGG